UUUAGGUUCUGUAUCAAUAAAUGGCUCCGCUCCACAGAGCAUAUCGAACUUUGCUCCUUCAGUUCCCAGUGGAUACACUAUAUCUCCAAGUAACCCAAGGAUAAGGCUUACAAGCUCAGGAGAACUAGAGACUGAUGAACUUGGACCAGAAGACUCUGGAACAUACACUUUCAGUUCGCCUGAUCUUGGAGGAGCUACACUUAGCAUCGGUGUUAAUGUACUUGGAAUUGCACAUGUCAUCAGCAUCAGUGGUCCACAGACAGUGCCUUCAGGCAGUUCAGUUGAUAUCAGUGUCGUACCUGGUGGUACUCCUGACUUUACGUAUCAAUGGUUUAGAAAUGGAAUGGCCAUACCUGGUGAAACAGGCUCCACUCUUAGUAUCCGAAACAUUAGAACUACUGAUAUUGGUUUAUACAGCUGUACGGUAAGUAACUCUAGAGGAAGUGCUAACUCCAGCAGUACAGCAAUCAGUGUGACAAGUUCUGUAUCAAUAAAUGGCUCCGCUCCACAGAGCAUAUCGAACUUUGCUCCUUCAGUUCCCAGUGGAUACACUAUAUCUCCAAGUAACCCAAGGAUAAGACUUACAAGCUCAGGAGAACUAGUGACUGAUGAACUUGGACCAGAAGACUCUGGAACAUACACAUUCACUUCACCUGAUCUUGGAGGAGCUACACUUAGCAUCGGUCUUAAUGUUCUUGGGCCAGCACAUGUCAUCAGCAUUAGUGGUCCACAGACAGUGCCUUCAGGCAGUUCAGUUGAUAUCAGUGUGGUAGCUGGUGGUAGUCCUGAUUUUACGUAUCAAUGGUUUAGAAAUGGAAUGGCCAUACCUGGUGAAACAGGCUCCACUCUUAGUAUCCGAAACAUCAACACUACUAAUAUUGGUUUAUACAGCUGUACGGUAAGUAACUCUAGAGGAAGUGCUAACUCCAGCAGUACAGCAAUCAGUGUGACAAGUUCUGUAUCAAUAAAUGGUUUGAGUCCACAAAAUAUAUCGAACUUUGCUCCUUCAGUUCCCAGUGGAUACACUAUAUCUCCAAGUAACCCAAGGAUAAGGCUUACAAGUUCAGGAGAACUAAUGACUGAUGAACUUGGACCAGAAGACACUGGAACAUACAAUUUCACUUCACCUGAUCUUGGAGGAGCUACACUUACCAUCAGUCUUAAUUUUUUUGCUCCAGCAUAUAUCAUUAGCAUCAGUGGUCCACAGACAGUGUCUUCAGGCAGUUCAGUUAAUAUCAGUGUGGUAGCUGGUGGUACGCCUACUGAAAUUAAUUAUCAAUGGUUUAGGAAUGGAAUGGCCAUACCUGGUGAAACGGGUUCCACUCUUAGUAUCCGAAAUGUCAGCACUACUGAUAUUGGUUUAUACAGCUGUACACCAAGUAACUCUAGAGGAAGUGCUAACUCCAGCAGUACAACAAUCAGUGUGACAAGUUCUGUAUCAAUAAAUGGCUUGAAUCCACAAAACAUAUCGAACUUUGCUCCUUCAGUUCCCAGUGGAUACACUAUAUCUCCAAGUAACCCAAGGAUAAGACUUACAAGCUCAGGAGAACUAGUGACUGAUGAGCUUGGACCAGAAGACACUGGAACAUACAAUUUCACUUCACCUGAUCUUGGAGGAGCUACACUUACCAUCAGUGUUAAUUUUUUUGCUCCAGCAUAUAUCAUUAGCAUCAGUGAGCCACAGACAGUGUCUUCAGGCAGUUCAGUUAAUAUCAGUGUGGUAGCUGGUGGUACGCCUACUGAAAUUACUUAUCAAUGGUUUAGGAAUGGAAUGGCCAUACCUGGUGAAAUGGGUUCUACUCUUAGUAUCCGAAAUGUCAGCACUACUGAUAUUGGUUUAUACAGCUGUACACCAAGUAACUCUAGAGGAAGUGCUAACUCCAGCAGUACGGCAAUCAGUGUGACGAGUUCUGUAUCAAUAAAUGGUUUGAAUCCACAAAACAUAUCAAACUUUGCUCCUUCAGUUCCCAGUGGAUACACUAUAUCUCCAAGUAACCCAAGGAUAAGACUUACAAGCUCAGGAGAACUAGUGACUGAUGAACUUGGACCAGAAGACUCUGGAACAUACACUUUCACUUCACCUGAUCUUGGAGGAGCUACACUUACCAUCAGUCUUAAUUUUUUUGCUCCAGCAUAUAUCAUUAGCAUCAGUGGUCCACAGACAGUGUCUUCAGGCAGUUCAGUUAAUAUCAGUGUGAUAGCUGGUGGUACACCUACUGAAAUUACUUAUCAAUGGUUUAGGAAUGGAAUGGCCAUACCUGGUGAAACAGGCUCCACUCUUAGUAUCCGAAACAUCAACACUACUGAUAUUGGUUUAUACAGCUGUACACCAAGUAACUCUAGAGGAAGUGCUAACUCCAGCAGUACAGUAAUCAGUGUGACAAGCUCUCUAUCAAUAAAUCAUUCUGCUCCACAGAGCAUAUCAAAUUUUGCUCCUUCAGUUCCCAGUGGAUACACUAUAUCUCCAAGUAACCCAAGGAUAAGACUUACAAGCUCAGGAGAACUAGUAACUGAUGAACUUGGACCAGAAGACUCUGGAACAUACACUUUCACUUCGCCUGAUCUUGGAGGAGCUACACUUAGCAUCAGUGUUAAUGUACUUGGACCUGCAUAUAUCAUUAGCAUCAGUGGCCCACAGACAGUGUCUUCAGGCAGUUCAGUUGAUAUCAGUGUGGUAGCUGGUGGUAUUCCUACAGACUUUACGUAUCAAUGGUUUAGGAAUGGAAAGGCCAUACCUGGUGAAACAGGCUCCACUCUUAGUAUCCGAAACAUCAACACUACUGAUAUUGGUUUAUACAGCUGUACGGUAAGUAACUCUAGAGGAAGUGCUAACUCCAGCAGUACAGCAAUCAGUGUGACAAGUUUUCUAUCAAUAAAUGGUUUAAAUCGACAAAGGAUAUCAAAUUUUGCUCCUUCAGUUCCCAGUGGAUACACUAUAUCUCCAAGUAACCCAAGGAUAAGACUUACAAGCUCAGGAGAACUAGUGACUGAUGAACUUAGACCAGAAGACUCUGGAACAUACACUUUCAGUUCGCCUGAUCUUGGAGGAGCUACACUUACCAUUAGUAUUAAUGUAUCUAUUCCUACACCACCAUCAAGCACUAUUGAAGGAUUGCUUGGUAGAAGAAUUGUUAUUCCUUGUGGCAACACAGUUAUAGCAACAGGAUAUGAAUGGUCGAAAGAUGGUGUAAAGCUUGUUGGGGAAAACACAUCGAGCCUGGUUCUGCUAAAUGCAUCAUAUGAUCAUGUUGGCUUCUAUCAUUGCUUUGCAUCCCAUAGCAAUGGUGUGGCUUCAUCAAAGAUUGAAUUAAACAUCAAAGGUUCAAGGACUCUGGAUUGGCUGACUCCAAUUCGCCUCUCUCUAUUCCCUUCUGUCAGGGAAGCUUACAACUGCAGUCCACUCCCUUCAUUCAUUGUUACAGCAUCUGGUCAUCUAACCACAACGGGUCUCACGCUAAGGGACUCUGGGAAUUUCUCUUGUCGCAAUAAGGACAUAAAUGGGACGCUAAAACUCCAAUUGACAGUUCGAGGUUUCCGCCCUUUUACGCCAAGAAUAACAGUUGUAAGGAUUCAUGAUCGUUUGAAUCAGUACUUUUACGUCGAAUGGACUCAACAGAUAACACCAAAGCGACCAGUACGUAACUAUACACUAUAUUGGAGGGUGACCAAUAGCAAUCGAGGCACUACUGAUAAGAGACAGCUUGGACCUGAUGAUAUCCACAGCGUCGUUACAACCAAUAAUUCGUAUUUUCUCUCAUACGAACCCAAUGAAAUCUUCAAUCUUACUGUUUCCGCAUCUAACGUCGUUGGUGAUAGUCCUCUUAGCGAAGAGCACAUAUUUAUUGUUAACGAUCAUAUUUCAGAGCCAGUCUCUGGUGCUGAACCCUUCCCCUUGUGGAUUAUCUUGUUGAUAGUUUUCAUCUCCCUCCUCAUUUGCUGCAUAUGCUGUAUAUGCUGCUUCAUUUGCUUCUGCUGUCUGUGUGCCAGAAAGAAAAGGGACUAUGACCCUGAAGAACACGAGAGGAAGUAUUCUACUGAGCUUGCAGCAUAUCGUAAGAAAGGAGAAGAUGAGGAUGAGGGCAGUAGCAGCGAUGAUGAUGAUAGUGCUGCUUCAAUAAAAGAAGAUAAUAUCGAUGAUGACAAUGCAUCAUCUCCAGUCUAACCGUUAAGGACAUAACAAUUUUUAUCAUCAAUCAAACCCAUUUCAUAUAAUUCUAUUUAAAAAAAUUUAAUAAUAAUAUUAUUAUGAUGUUUUUUUUUGCAAUCAAUUUUAGAAUCAUUAAUUUUUAGAUAAUAA